GAAAAUGGUGAAAAAGACGGGCUUCUUACCUAUGCUGAAUUAGUGAACUUAAUUGACCACGCUUUAAGCCUAAUACCCAAAUUUGGGGAAGAAAUAAAGCAUGGAUUUAAUGAUGGAGAUUCGAUUAACGCACUAAUGUUCUUAGUGACCAUAUUAAAACAUAAACCAAAUGGUAAAGGUCUUGACAUAGCACAGCUAAGAAAAUGCUCCGCUUUGUAUACAUCGUUUUACGUGAAUCUUCCUACUGAAGGCCUAAUAGACUUAUUUCUAACGUUAAAAAUCGUUUCCGAUGGUUAUGUCGGUUUGCUAUUUGAGUUCGAUCACGCCCAGCCCCCUGCUAAUGAGCUGCAAGAGCUCUUGGUCUUUUUGUCAGAAUAUAAUAAGGAGGUCGACGAAAAUUCAAAGCAUUUUACUACUCUUGAUGUUAGAGAUAUGAUUAAGGAGUUCUCUUCGUAUGACGUAAACAAUGACGCUGUGCUCAGCUACUCGGAAUUUAAAUGGUUUGUUAGAGAUUACUCAAUAACAGAAGAUAUUUUAGAUAACACUGGUACUCCGGAACUUAAAUCGGUCGCCAAACUCUACCACCUCGCACAAACAGAACCAACCGGUAAUGGGGCGCAUUUUAAUCACGAUGAAAACUUUUCCAUGACCACUGAUACGUUCUUUUACUUGAAAUUCUAUUUACGUUUUGUACAAAAUAAAGAAGACGGAAUUAAGGAAAUGACAACGAAAACAUCAAAUGACAUGGCAAAUGAAAAUGUAGGAAAAACUUAUGUCCAGAGCAGUUAUAAUGGAAGGGCAAUGGAAGAAACAAAAGUCCAGGGCAAUAAUUAUGGAAGGGCAACGGUAGAAACUAACAAAUAUGCAAGAUUGGAAGAAAAAUAUUCCGGUAUUUAUGAAAGGGUUUAUCAGAGUUUUGGAGGAAUUGUAGGUAAAAGUGAUGUCCAGAGCAAUAAUAAUAAUAACAAAGCAAUGAUUCAAAUAAAUCCCUGGGACUAUAAUUAUGGAUUCGAAAAUACUGGAAAGACAAAGAAAGAAAGAAAAUAUUUAAGUGAUCGUCAAAAGCUUUUGGGGUGGUAAUAAAGAAAUAUUGCAAGGAAACUGAAAU